GAUUCUGGAAAUCUUGUUCUAUGGGAUAGAAUUGCUGGUAAAUUAGAAAGUAUUUUAUGGCAAAGCUUUGACUAUCCUACUGAUACUUUGUUGGCAGGGAUGAAAUUUGGAUGGGACUCAACGACUGGUCUUAAUCGACAGCUAUCAGCGUCGAAGUCCCAAGAUGAUCCAUGCCCUGGAGACUUAACUUAUGGGGUAGAAACAUAUAAUUUUGCUGAUUUUGUUAUGUGGAAAGGCUCAAAAAAGUAUUUCAGGUUAGGACCCUGGAAUGGCAAUGGAUUCAGUGGUUCAUCAAACAUCAAUCCCUUUCCGUAUGUAACGUUCAACAUCAUCUCAAAUGAAGAUGAGACUUCCUCCACAUAUUUCAUCAGUAAAAAAUCAUUAAUCACAAGGGUUGUUUUAAACCAAACAUCCAGUAGGUUGGAGCGCUCCAUGUGGAAUGAAAAAGUUGGGGAUUGGAUAUUGUUCAAUUAUUAUCCAAGGGAUGACUGUGACAACUAUGGGAUUUGUGGGGUAUAUGGAACCUGUGUUGGUACAAUGCUGCCACCUUGUCAAUGUUUGAAGGGUUUCAGGUUUAAAUCACAGGAAGGGAACUCAGUGGACUGGUAUCAGGGGUGUGUGCGCAAUAACCCAUUAGACUGCCAGAAAGGAGAUGGGUUUAUCAAACUUAGUGGGUUGAAACUACCAGAUACUGAACAUUCUUGGGUGAAUGAAAGCAUGGAUCUCAAUCAGUGCAGGGCUAAAUGCUUAGAGAAUUGUUCUUGUAUGGCCUAUACAACCUUGGAUAUUAAAAAAGCUAGUGGAUGUGCAAUCUGGUAUGGUGAUCUAUUUGAUCUUAAACAGGUCCAGUUUGUUGGACAGGAUUUAUAUAUUCGAAUGUCUGCUGUUGAUUCAGACCAUGAAGAGACAAAAGGCAACACUAAAAUGAAGGUAGCAAUAAUAAUUGCAGCUGCCAUUCUUGGAGUUAUUAGUGUUGUAAUCACCUAUUACAUUAGCAGGAGGCAUCGAAACAUGGAAGGAAGAGAAAAUGGCUGGGGCAACGAAAGGCAAAAUGAAGAUAUGGAACUCCCAUUAUUUGAGUUAGCUAUAAUAUCCAAAGCUACCAAUGACUUCUCUUCCCACAACAAGCUAGGAGAAGGUGGCUUUGGGCCUGUAUACAAGGGUACUCUGCCAGAUGGAAAAGAAAUUGCUGUGAAGAGGCUCUCAAGAAACUCUGGACAAGGAUUAGUUGAGUUCAAGAAUGAAGUAGCACUUAUAGCUAAACUUCAACAUCGGAAUCUUGUAAAGCUUCAAGGAUGCUGCAUUCAUGGAGAGGAGAAACUGUUGAUUUACGAAUAUAUGCCGAAUAAAAGUUUGGACUUCUUCAUUUUUGAUGAUACAAGAAGGAAAUUAUUAGAAUGGUCAAGGCGUUUUCACAUUAUUUGUGGAAUCGCUAGAGGGCUUGUCUAUCUACAUCAAGAUUCUCGAUUGAGGAUCAUACAUAGAGAUCUCAAAGCAAGCAAUGUUUUGCUUGAUGGUGAAAUGAACCCCAAAAUUUCGGACUUUGGCAUGGCUAGAACAUUUGGAGAACAGUCUGAGGGGAACACAAAGAGAGUGGUUGGAACCUAUGGUUAUAUGGCACCAGAAUAUGCCAUUUAUGGGCAAUUCUCUAUAAAAUCUGAUGUGUUUAGCUUUGGUGUACUGUUACUGGAGAUGAUAAGUGGGAAGAAGAAUAGAGGGUUUAACCAUGUCAACGAUAGCCUUAACCUUAUUGAACAUGCAUGGCGAUUGUGGAAAGGAGGACAUCCUUCUGAGCUGAUUGACUCACUUAUAAAAGAGUCUUGCAAUCUAUCUGAAGUAUUAAGGUGCAUCCACAUUAGUCUCUUAUGUGUUCAACAACACCCUACAGACAGGCCAAGUAUGUCAUCUGUGGUUUUGAUGCUGGGCAGUGAGAUAACCUUGGAACAACCCAAAAGACCAGGUUUUCUCUUUGACAAGAAAUCACUUGAGACAAUUUCUUCAUCCAUUAAACUGGAAUCAUCUUCAACCAAUGAACUUAGCCUCUCCGUGUUAGAGGCACGAUAAAGGUUUUACUCGAAAACUACACACCUUGUACCACGUAAGUUUCUGAAUGUUGUUCAGGAAUGCAUGACAUAUACCUUAACUGUUAUUUCAAUCUUCUACUCUUAUGUAGUUGAAUAUUCUAAGUAGCUAACUGGAACUAAUUUCUACUCUUUAACGAUCACCAUUUUCACCCAAUUUCGGCUUGCUUGAUUUUGUUUUUUAUUCUUGAAUAGCCAGUUAAAUAUGGCAGUGGGUGAAAUGGAACUUGUAAACGCCAGACGAGUCCUGUUUU